GGCGGGAGGACUCCUCCGCCUCCGGCGUUUCCGAGGCAACCGUGGCUGGCGGCCAAGACGGUGGUGUUGGCGGCUGCGCGCCUGAGGGAGCUACCGCUUUUUUUUUCCCCUCUCUCACACCCUGGCUGCGUGGGUGGAUUGGAAAUCACUGUCAAGCUGUGAAAGUGUGUGUGAGAGAGAGAGAAAAAAAAAGUUUCAGGGGGCGAAAGAGGCUUUUUAUUCGCGGCGUGGAGGAACUUUUAGAUCAGAGUUUGCAAGUUGCUCGGUGCUGACUGACUGAGGAGAAGGAGAGAAGACUUUUCAGGCACCAUGUCUCGCACGGAUGAAGUGCAUCGUAUGACCGAGAAUGUCUACAAGACUAUUAUGGACCAAUUCAACCCCAGCUUGAAAAAUUUCAUCGCAAUGGGAAAGUCUUAUGAAAAGACACUUAGCAGCCACAUGGGUGCAGAGAAAUUUUGGAUCAAGAAAGCCAGAACAGGUAUGACCUUUGCUGCAAAAGGCUAUUUUGAGGCCCUAGUGAAGAUGGGUGAACUCGCCAGUGACAGUCAUGCUUCCAAGGAGAUGGGGGAUGUUUUGUUCCAGAUGGCAGAGGUCCACAGACAAAUUCAGAUACAGCUUGAAGAAAUGUUGAAAGUGUUCCACAAUGAUUUGCUGAUGCAACUGGAGCAGAAGGUUGAGCUAGAUGCCAAAUACUUAAGUGCAACAUUGAAGAAAUAUCAAGCCGAACAUAAAGCCAGGCUGGAGUCACUGGAAAAGUGCCAUGCAGAACUGAAGAAACUUCGGAGAAAGAGUCAUGGGAGUAAGAAUCCACAGAAGUAUGGAGAUAAAGAAAUGCAGUUUGUGGAGACAAUAAGCAAAAAGCAAUCUGAUCUGGAGAGCUACAUUGGAAAUGGUUACAAAACAGCAUUGAGCGAGGAGCGUAGGCGAUACAGCUUUCUGGUAGAAAAGCAGUGUGCAGUCGCCAAGAAUAACAUGGUAUACCACAGCAGGGGCAAGGAUAUGAUAACACAAAAGCUUCCUAGCUGGCAACAGGCUUGUAGUGAUCCAUCCAAAAUUCCUGAGCGUGCAAUGUCAUUGGUGCAGCAGAUGUCUUCAGGCAAUGGAGGAACCCUCAUCUCUGACCCUGCUGCUUCCACCAAAUCAGGACUGGUUAUAUCAGACCCUAUUCCUGGUGCUAAACCUCUACCAGUACCACCAGAACUUGCACCUUUCGUUGGUGGAGGUGGAUUGGGUCAAGGUUCUCGCAUGAUGGUCCAGGAUAUUCCAUCAGUACCUAAUGGUGAUGUAUCAAAUGCAAAUUCUGUGGACUAUCAGCAAUCUGGCCAGCCUGAUGCCAAACCAAAGCCUCCUACACCGCCCCAACUUCCAAAACAACAGCAAUCCGAUGUGUACUCCAACACCCUUCCCACACGCAAAGCAAUGCCAUUGAAAGCCAGCCCUUUGUCAGCUGAGACCAGAACUUUACCCAGAUCCAGUUCAAUGGCUGCUGGGUUGGAAAAGAAUGGAAGAACCAAAGUGCAAGCUAUUUUCUCUCAUCAGGCAAAAGACAAUAACACACUGCUGAGCUUCAGCGAAGGAGAUGUCAUCACAUUAUUGGUUCCUGAGGCUAAAGAUGGCUGGCAUUAUGGAGAAAAUGAAAAGACGCGAUUGAGAGGAUGGUUUCCAUUCUCUUACACUCGUGUAAUGCAGGGUGGAUUAUUGCACAACUUGAACCAUCUCAAAAGCUGCAGCACUGGGAACCUCCUGCAGAAAGAAGAUCUCUCCAUUCCGCCACCCGACUACAAUUCAACUUUAAAAAUGACAUCUCCUGCUGUGUCCAGCUCAAGCACUUUUAAACCUAGGCCUUACAGUAUGGCAGUUCCAGGUUUCUCACAGGGCCCAAAUGGCAAUAAUUCAAGACUUUCUUUGAAUUCUGAUGCCGAGAUUGAAAGGUUUUGAAUUUAAACUUCUGCUACAUAUAAGACCUCUCUAGAUUAAGAAGCUGUUGCAAAUGUCAAAUUGAAGCCAACCAAAACAAAUGACAGAUCAGCAUCUAAAAUAAACUGACUACUGACUCUGUCAGGUUGUUACACUGUACACUUGCUACUGGCAACAGAUGCCAAAGAUGUCUACAUCUGAAACUGCAUGAAGACAGUGUCUUUAGACUAGAAUUGACCCAUCUGAAGAUGGUCACUAAAGUUGCAGAUAAAUCAAUUGCACAUAUUGCUACGGAAUUGCCACUUUGAAAUCCCACCCAUUGUAUUCCCUACUUUUUAUUUGAGGGAUCAUAUGGAGGGAAUUGUUUAAUUAUAUUUGUCUAGCUAGGGGUUUGUAUGGUGUUUGUAAUUAAUGCAUGUGUUUGAGAAUUAGCCAUUAGUAUUUUUCUAUUAUAUACUUUAUACUAAUCAGCAUAUAAAACAAUAUUUUAUUACCUAGCUACUUGCGGGAAUUGAUUAAACAUCAGCACAUUGUACAAACUAGAGUACUGCAAAAUUGAGAAUUGUUAAACUAGUUCUAAAAUGUAUACUGUGUUUAAUUUCCAAAUGUAUUUUGGGAGAGAAGGAAAGAGGUAGAAAUCAAAUCGUAGAAUUUAGUGUAUAUAACUGAGCUAACUUUAAUCCAAAGUUACCUCCAAUUUGUUAAAAUUUUAAUGGUCGCUAUUUGAAUCCUUGCUGUCACCGAUAAAUCUUCCAUAUCUUUUGAAAAGAAUAAUUAUUUGGAUGAUGGCAAUGGCAUUGUAUAAUCUGAAGAUACAAGAUUUGUACUUUUUGUAGAAUUUUAGGUUUCGCCUAUUUCUUUUCCACCCAACAAACAGCACAAUAUAAAGUUAUCAAAGAUUAUUUCACAUUCCCAUUUUAGUAUGUGUAAGUGCUUCCUUUUACAUUUUUCUUUUAACUAUCAAUGGUGGUAAGUUAGUUGAGUAAGUAAAUAAAUAACUGAACUCCCUAAGAAUAAAACUAUGCCUUUGAGCUGAUGAGACUACUAAACAGGAAGCAUAUGCUUAGGGAAACAUUCUUGCUCUUGCACAAACCUCAGGGCGCAGUGGGGCAGAAAGAAUGUAUUAUGCCUCCUUUUACAUAUUUACCAACAUUACUUCAAAAUGGGAGAAGAGUUGGAAUUAUUUUUAUUCUGUAAAAUGACCAAGUGGAAGAAAAUUUUGUAGGUUUCAGGUGUGGCAAGUAUGUUGAUGUGAUAGUCAUUUCAAUACAGCAAUAGUUGAUGGUGACUCCUUUGUAAAUGUAAAAUUUUGUUUAGACACUGAGAUAACCAGUAUUAAUGAGCAAAAAUAACACACUUGAUGGGUAAUUUUCCUUUUACAAGUGUAAAGUGUUCUGUAAUCUUAAGAAAUUCUGUACGAUUAGUCAGUUGUGUAAAAAAAAAAAGUUUUAAUAAUAUAUAAUGUCCCAUUUAUCAAGAAUCAAAAUAUUGUCAUCACUAAGGGAAUGGUGGUUAACUAUUUAAAUGCUUUAUUGCAAGAACCAAAUUAAAUUUGUAAUUUUCUGAGUAAAGGCAGUGGAUUAAAAAUUUAAAAGAAACUUUACUGCAUCAGUCGCUUUGAUUUGUCUAGACCUACUUGUAGAUGCUGAGGGAGAAGUAGCUGGGCAUGAGAUAAUUACUGGGGGUGGCUGUGCAUUUUUAAAAAAAAUAAUGAAUAUCAUAUUCAACUUGUGUUGUUUCAUAUGUAUAUUUAUUUUGAAAAUAUAGCACUUCCAUUCUUAUUAAUCUCUUAUUCUGUGGUAUGAUGGAGAAUUAGUUACAGAUAAACAUAUCCACUUGCCAACUCAGUGCAUUUAAACUCCCAUGUAAAACAGCCACUGGUUUUCUUCAGUUCUUGGUUAAACCCUCAUGCUUUUCCUUUUGACAUUAUUACAGGAAUAUGGUUUACUUGGUGCCUUUCAUUUUUACAUAAGCUUCAUAAUGUAGUAAGACAUGCCAAGACUGUUGGUUAUAAUCUGUAUUGUAAUGCAGAUUUCUGCAGCUGCCACUAUUUCAUAAAUCACCAAGUUUUGUGAAUUAAAUUGACCUAUUUGAAUUAAUUACUUGUAAUCAAAAUGAUUUUGAUAGUAACUUAUGCAAAAUAAAAUUGUUUCACCAUUUAA